AUGAAAGCCAUCCGCGCCCUCCUCGCCCACAACCUCGACAACGCCCAAUCCGGCUUAGUGUCUCGCUCUGACGUCGACAACGAAACCUACCUCUUCCGCGCCGCCUGCUCCGAGCUCUCGACCGAAGUCCGCAAAAACCGCCGGGUAGCCGACGAGCAGCUCCGGCAGCAGAGAACACACCUCCAGCACGAAGUCGAUAUCCUCACCCAGCGGCUCAAUCAAGACCUGUUGACACUUACAGACAGCGUAAGGGGCAUGUUCAACGACCGUAAGAUGGCUGUUAGGGAGGAGCAAAAGGCUGUUGAAUCUAGGAUUCAACAAAUUAAUUACAAAAUAUCAGUCAUGUUGAACUCGGAUUCGAAAUCCGAGAUUGAAGAGGUGAGGUGGGUCUUGAUUAGGAGGUCCGUCCUCGGGAUUUUGUUCAUGGCCGUCUUGACGCUCGGCACGUUGAGGUACGCCACAUUUGUGAAUAGCAAACGGAAAAAGGAGAUGGAACAGAGGCAAAAAGAGCAAGAGGAGAUGAGGAGGAGUAACGGGAUGAAGGAUCACAGUCCUGCGCCCGAGGCGGCGCAGAUUUUGGCUGCUAGCUAGUGACGGGCGAGCAGAGAAGGGGAACUGUAAUAAUAUCAUGAGACAAUACCGAGUAGUGAGUGAUCACCAAACAGAGAUGAAAACUGUAAACAGUCACC